UGGGUCAGAUGUUGCCUUAUUCUUCACAACAUGAUUAUUAAGUUUGAAGAAAAAUGCAACAAAUCUACAAUCAGAUGGGCCAUUCAAGAAGGGCACCAUACUCUGCGUGAAGAGUAUGAAGGACCAGAUGGUGAUGAAGUGGUGGGUGAUAGAUCAUAUGAAGGCACUCCUAGUCAAGCAUACAGGGCCAGGUUGAUGGAUCAAUUAUUUGAUAGC